AUGGCCGAUACCGCAGGCGCAGCGGCCAACCGCGUCGGAGGUCAACCUCACGACAGAUUACCACCAACCCCCGACUCGAUCAGCCUGCAAACCAUGGCGAAGCCUCCUGCGGGCCAGGACGACCCUCCGGAGGACAUCUCCAUGACCCAGAAGAUGCUGUCGGCCGUUACAGGCAGCAUCCUCACCUCGCUUUUAGUCACCCCGCUUGACGUGGUCCGCGUCCGUCUCCAGUCACAACACCAUUCCACUCCUACCUCCACUGCUGCGGCACGCCGGACGAUCCCUGCCCUCUCGACCCUCCAGCUCCACAAUGCGCAAUUCACCAACAUUCCUCCCAACCUCGGCGUUACCGCCUGCUGUCGCGAAGUCUUCUGGGUGAACAACAACGCCUCGUACUGCGUCGCCGGCCCCACCGUAAUGCCCACAAUCGCCCCGACAAGCGCAGCUUCAUGUGCUGUUGAAGAGACUCAGCGCAAGGCCUUUACAUCAACCCUCGACGGCCUUCGCAAGAUUGCUCGCAAUGAAGGUGCCCGUACCCUCUGGCGCGGGCUUUCACCCACCCUGGUCAUGUCUGUUCCUGCCAAUGUCAUCUACUUCGCUGGCUACGACUGGUUACGCACCGCCUCAGCUUCACCCGUAAAGAAGAACGUCGGGGACGCGUAUGCUCCGUUGGUUGCUGGAAGUACCGCCAGAGUCCUUGCCGCCAUUGCCGUCUCUCCCAUUGAGAUGUUCCGGACUCGCAUGCAAGCUACUCAUUCACCUUCGAGUGCUUCUAGCAGCCAUUUCCGUGACACUCUUACGGGCAUGGGCGAUUUGGUCCGCCAAGACGGAUGGACGAGUUUGUGGCGAGGUCUCGGGUUGACAUUAUGGCGAGAUGUCCCAUUCUCUGCCAUCUACUGGUGGGGUUACGAGACUGCGCGCAACGUCAUCACGGACGAGCGCGAGCGACUCCGUGGUCGGGACCUCGAAAGGAGAAGCAUGGGUUCUGGUGCAGUCAGGCCUCGGAGUCGGAGUAGGAGCAGAAGCGAAGAGGAUCAUACCGAGACCCUCGUCGACAGUUUCGUGGCAGGGGCCUCGUCUGGAGCUGUUGCUGCUUUUGUCACUACGCCUUUCGAUGUUGGCAAGACUAGACAGCAGGUUGUUCGACACGGCGGAAGCACGGCUUCGGCUGGCAAUGUUGUGGCCACCAUUCGACCAGAGGAAUCGUCCAUGCCGCGCUUCCUUCUGCACAUAUUCCAGGAGCAAGGGUUGCCAGGUCUCUUCCGUGGUUGGGCAGCUCGAUGCUUGAAGGUCGCACCAGCCUGUGCCAUUAUGAUUUCUACCUAUGAAGUCGGCAAGAAGAUGGCUGGAACAGUGAAUGAGCGGAGACACUGA